AUGAUAAACGAAAAUAGUUUAGUAGAUAUUUUCGCAUAUUACACUAAAAUAAAUUAUAGUCCCUAUGAAAUUGAUGGUGAAUAUAAAUUUGUGGAGACAUUAAACUUUUACAAUAAUAAAUAUACAAUAGAUAGGAACAACCUAAUUAAAAAAAUAUUAGAAGAUUUAAAAUCAAUUAUCAACCAAAACCCAACAAUUUCGAAUAAUAGAACACCACAAACCCACAAAUACUAUGAAUUUAAUAACUAUAAACUAAUAACUAAAUAUAGCUACACAGAUAUAAACUCAAUAUCAGAUUCAAUAAUACCAUAUGAUGAAGCAAUUUCAUUUUUUGAAAACAAUAUAAAAUCUAAUAACGAAAUAAUUAGAUUAAUUUCAAUUUUAGAAUUUUUUCAAUACUUUAUGAACAAGCAUCACCGAAAUCAAAUAGAGUUCUAUAGAUUUUUAACAAAGGUUUUUUAUGACCCAUCACCAUAUAUACCUACUACACUAAAUUUUUUUAAAUCAAGAUUUAUAAAUUAUAAUUUUAUUUUAAUUUCAUAUAUAUUUAACAAUAUAGAAAUGUGCGAUUGGUUAUUUAAUUGUUGCAAAGAUGAAGACAUUAAUAAAAGAAUAGAUUCAUUGAUUAACCCCCGAGAUAUUUUAAUAAAUAUAGAUUCAUUAGCAAGUUUUAUUUCAAAAAAAUGUAUUCCAAUAUCAAACAAUCAAAUUAAAUUUUUAGACAAAAUAAAGAAUCAUUUAAACACUUUUUUAAUAGACAAAACAUUUUAUUAUAAAAUAAAUGAUAUUAUAAAUAAUCAACAUAGAAAAAUUAAUAAAAACAAUUCUGGUAGUAAUAAUGAGAUAAUAAGCAAUAAUAAUGUAUUUUAUAUUUAUAAGCUAAAGGACUCGAUAAUAACCAAUAUAAUAGAUAAAUUAAUAAAUAUCAAUUUAUGCAAUAUAAAUGAUAUAAUAAUAUCUUUAGCUUUGGUAUCAAAAAAAUUUUUUAACCUCCUCAAAGACUAUAUAAGAAACUUUAAUUGGAAUAGAGAAAAUAUCUCCACAAUAAUUAAAAGUCAUUUUAAUGGUGAUUCAAAAUUUUGUUUAUUAGAAGACUCAAUAAUUGUGAACAACUAUAUAUAUUAUGAAACUAUUAUAGCAACUACGCCAUAUGAAAAAAUUAACAAAGUAUUCUCUUCAUUAGAGUCCAUUUCAAUCAACUAUUCAUUAUUUACCUCACCAACAUGUUCAAAAUAUGGUAUUCAAUAUGAUUUUUUAGAUAAUAGCUUUUUUAUCCACCCACCAUCCACUGGAAUGAAAAGCUUAAAAUCAAUAGAAGUUAUUGGAAAUGUAGAGGAUUACAUUCAACCAAAUACACAUGAACUUUAUCAAAGUAGAAAUUUAAAUUUAAUCAAAUAUAUUACCAUUCAUUGUAGUUGUAAAUUAGAAAAACUUAUUUAUUCCCCAAUUAUUUCGAAUAACCAAAUCGAUACAAAACUUAUAUCAACAAUAUUAAGAUAUCACCAUUCUACUUUAAAAUCAAUUAUAAUUAAAAUAAAUCAAGGAGAAUUUAAAUCAUCUAUAAUACAAUUUAUUUUAAAUCUUGUCAACUAUUAUUACCCAAAUAUCAAAUUAAUUUUUAAUUAUAAAAACUCCAAUACCGACUAUGACUUUUCAAAAGAUUUAAAUAAUAUUAAUAUUAAUAAUUACACCCCCAAUUUUAAUAACAAUAACCAUAACUAUAGUAUCAAUAAUUAUAAUUAUAAUAUUAGUAGCAGUAAUGACUCAACCCUUGAAGAAGAAAGUGAUAUGCAAUCAAUAGAUGAUAAUCAAAACGAUAAUGAUGAUUACGAAGACGAAUUUUAUGUUGAUGACUAUCAAGAUUUCGAAUAUGAUGAUAAUUAUAAUCAUAAUUUUGAAGAAUUUGUGUAA